CGCUGGAGUUGUUGCCCUGUCUCUCUUGUGUGCACUGUAGUAGAUUUAGCAGGAAUGUCCAGCAGCUUUCAAGGGCCUCAUACUCGAAUUGUUGUUGCUUUGAGGAAGUUCUUGGUCGGGAGAGACCUCGUACUUGCACACCGUACUACUAAUGAGGCAGCUACAAGGUCCCCACCACUCCCACAAUUACCUCAAGGACCUGCUCACUGUCUACACAGCAACCACUACUUUACACGAGAUCUUCGUCGUGAUGCUUUUCCUCCAUUGAAUAUAAUGGAAUCAUCAAAGCAGCUGGCUACUGAUGGCACAACAGAGUGGGAAAACAUGAAACCUGUUCUGACUGCAGCAGUGCCUGGAAAACGUUAUCACUGGACUCAUAGCCAGUAGUCACAACGAUUGACAGUACCCUUGAAUUAAACUCUAUUGCUAUUAUUGCUGCAUCUAUAACAAUAACAAAUCAGCUGCGAACAAGAGUUAAAAA